GUUUUGUUUUUCAUAUCAAUUUGUCAUGUUUGUUCUUUUAUUUUUUUUCGCUUCCGAACUUUUUGCAAAGUGUAUUUCUGUUCGUAAAAAUAUUCCACUGGUGAUGUGUCGAAAAGAAGCAAAAUCUUAUGGUACUAAACAAAUGAUUGAAGGUGUAUGGAAGCAUGGACAAAAUUGUGUCAUCAUUGAAGAUGUUAUCACUUCUGGUAGUAGUAUUUCUUCUGUGGUUCAGCUUCUUCGACAGUCUGGUUUAUGCAUUGAACAUGCAUUUGUCAUGAUAGAUCGUGAACAAGGAGGACCUAGUUAUUUACAAGAUCAAAAUAUUAAAAUUACCAGUUUAUUCACGCUAACUGAAUUGUUGAAUAUUUUACAUGAAGAAAAUUGUAUUACUAAAGAACAAUUUGAUGAAACUAUUUUAUUUAUUCAUAAUUCACCAGCACCUAAGUUGGCUCACUAGCCUUCUCCAAUUCGCUCCGCUCAUUCGCUUGCAUUGUAAUCCAAAGAGUUGGCUCUUAGCCUUCUCCAAUUCGCUAUGUGGUGUGCCUCAAAUAAACGUAUACGAUACUUGGAGUUCAUCUUCUGAUUUAUAAACCGAACUAUAAGAAC